UUUACAUGUGAAACGGUGCAUCAGAUGAACUGUGGGAAAGUUGCAGAUCCGCCUGUUUUUCCAGUUUGUUUGUGGACUUUCUGUUGAAGUUUCUGUCAAAAUGGCGAAUCAAAAAGGUGCAUAAGAAGUGAAAGGCUGCUGUCCGUCCUCCUCAGAGCGUGGACGGCGUCUCGGGCGUGGACUCGUCCCUGAAGCGAGUGGCCGUGGUGGAGGAUUUCUUCCACAUCAUCUACUCCAUGCACGUGGAGAUCAGCAGCGACCCUGGAAAAGCUCCGAAGCACGCCGGCCAGAAGAAAACCUACAAAGCUAUCGCUGAGACGUACGCCUUCCUGCCCAGAGAGGCGGUGACUCGUUUCCUGAUGAGUUGUGGAGAAUGUCAGAAGAGGAUGCACAUCAGCACCGCUGGCCAGGACUAUAAAGAGAACGACCGGCCGAGCUCCCUGGUGUCGGAGGCGAUCGACUACAACAUGCCGCUGACCACCACCUACAUGAAGCAGAUGAAGCUGCAGUGCAUGAGCAGCAACAAGGUAUGUGAGCCGGUCGCAACCGGGGCUGCAUGCCAAAAACUACAAACUGCCUGAAGCUUGUUUGGGGUUUUUAGGAG